GUUGGUUACACCAAUUGAAGUUAUCGGAAUAAUGAAAGCUGAGUCAACGUUAAGGUUACUUUGCUAUUAAGAAGAGCUAGAAUCUUAGGAUUUAGGUACUUGAAAUGAACGAGAGCUUAUUUUCUUACUCCAAAAUUUCUAGUUAUAUCCGCCCAUAAUGGCUCAAGCGGACGUUGUUCUGCCCUCGUUAGAAACUGUUAAGGAAAUUCUCUCGAAACCCACAGCAGGACCUAAGAAACCAAACCUAGUCCCUUUAUACGGUCAAAUAUCUGCCGAUCUCAUCACACCCUCCGCCGCAUACUUAAAAGUUUCCGCCCAUUCAAAGUCCGAUUUCUCUUUCCUCUUCGAGAGCGCUGCCACAGAGAGGGUUGGGCGAUAUAGCUUUGUCGGUGCUGGACCGCGUAAGAUCUUGAAGACUGGAGAGGGCCAUGGAGAAUCGAUAGAUCCGUUACCCGCCCUCGAGAAGGAGUUGUCACAAAAUGUCGUUGCCGACGUACCAGAUCUUAGGCUACCGCCGCUUACUGGUGGUGCUGUUGGCUACGUAGGUUACGAUUGCGUACGAUACUUCGAACCCAAGACGGCACGGCCGAUGAAAGACAUUCUCAAGACCCCAGAGUCUCUCUUUAUGUUAUUUGACACCAUCGUGGCUUUCGAUAGAUUUUUCGGCGUCAUAAAGGUCAUCACCUACCUCCGCAUCCCAGAGAACCUCGAUACCCUCCAAGACGAAUACAACAAAGCCACAGAAACCAUCCAGGAUCUCAUCGACGUCCUCAAUUCCCCCGAGAUACCCGUCCCCGAACAGCAGCCCAUCCAACUCGACCAGAAAUACACGUCCAACAUCGGCCAAGACGGCUACGAGGGCCAUGUGACCGGACUAAAGACACAUAUCGUAGCAGGCGACAUCAUCCAAGCCGUGCCCUCGCAACGGUUCGCCCGUCCGACCUCGCUCCACCCCUUCAACAUCUACCGCCACCUACGAACGGUGAACCCCUCUCCCUACCUCUUCUUCAUCAACUGCCAGGACUUCCAAAUCGUCGGCGCCUCGCCGGAGCUACUCGUCAAGGAGGAGGAAGGACGCAUCAUAACGCACCCGAUCGCGGGCACGGUCAAGCGCGGUAAGUCACCCGAGGAAGACGAGCAGCUCGCAGACGAAUUGCGCAACUCGCUGAAAGACCGCGCGGAGCACGUCAUGUUGGUCGACCUCGCCCGCAACGACAUCAACCGCGUCUGCGACCCACUAACAACGCGCGUCGAUCGCCUCAUGGUCGUCGAGCGCUUCAGCCACGUCCAGCACCUCGUCUCCCAGGUCUCGGGCGUCCUGCGCCCCGACCAGACCCGCUUCGACGCCUUCCGCUCUAUCUUCCCCGCCGGCACGGUGUCCGGCGCCCCGAAAGUUCGGGCUAUGGAACUUAUUGCCGAGCUCGAGAAGGAGAAGAGGGGCGUUUAUGCGGGUGCGGUUGGAUACUUUGGGUAUGGUAGUGUCGGGGCGGAUGGUAGGGAGAUUGAGGGCGCGAUGGAUACGUGUAUUGCGCUCCGCACGAUGGUGGUUAAGGACGGGACGGCGUAUCUUCAGGCUGGAGGCGGCAUUGUCUUCGACUCGGACCCGUACGAAGAGUGGAUGGAGACGAUAAAUAAGUUGGGCGCGAAUAUGCAGUGUAUUACGUCGGCGGAGAAGUUAUAUGCUAGGAGGCAGAAAUAGAGGGGAAGAGAUGAGAGGAGUAGGUAGGGUGGAUGGUA